AUGCCCUCCAGUCAGGGCGACUACAUCCACAUCCUCGACAAUGGCAAACCUGAAGGCCGCGAGCGAGUGCCCUGGUACUGGCGCUUUAUAGCCAUAACGGCUUCCUGGAUGAUUUUGGGAGGUUACCUGAUACUGCCGGGCCUGUAUGCGAAAACCGAGUACCUCAAAUUCAGCCAAGCCGUUUUGUCUGUCCUCGUUGUCGCGCUGCUGACCGCUGGGUACUCAUUCACAGCACUGCUGUGCUUCGCGUGUCGCGAUGAUGAGUUUCAGGCGGAGAACGUGUUUUUGCCGGCCCUCGGCUCAUCCAUCUUCGGCCUUGUUGUAAUUGCCUACAACUUUCUCGGUACAUCGGCUUAUCGAUGGAGCACAGCUGCGACAAGCUCAACUGUGCUCAGCGGCUUUGCGACCGCCCUCUACACUGGACUGCUUUGCUGGAAACGACGCAUCAUUUUGAGAAGGGCAAAGCAAGGAACGCGCUCAAACCUUUACUCCGAGCAGUCUUUCUACACAAAUUACGUGCAGAACAUGUACCCGUCCGCUAUACGAACCGAAUCGCAACCGCCCGCCGCCCCCGUAAACGAUGACGACCCCGUCAACCAACAAAUGCGCUCGUUGAUGGUGCGCGACUCCAGACCAAGUCCUGAUGCGAAUACGUCGACAUUCAGAAUAGAUCUGCCGGAGGAUCCAGAGGAGCGAAACAGGUUGAUGAGUCAGGAGCUGGUCGGUACCCCGACGCAGACUUACAUUCGCGAUCGAGCAUAUAGCAGGCCGGACAGUCUGGGUGAGAACCAAGCCUGGUCGCGAUUACAAGAGCGAGGUAGAACAGCCCAGCGUCCCUCAAAUAGUGAUCUGCGUAGCAGCCAUUCGAGAGGAUUAAGCAGAGAGGAAAGGAGGCGCGAGAUCGAACUUGGGGCACGUUAA